AUGGCUGGUUUCAGCAUGUUGAAGCUAUCAUUUCUCUUGACCCUUCUCUCAAGUGCAAACUUUGAGGCUAGCAAGAGCAUUGGCAAUGGCUAUGAAAUUCGUCGCUACAACUCUUCCGUUUGGAUGUCCACGUAUCCCAUCCAAGAUAUCUCCCUUGUUGAUUCCACCAGAAUUGGAUUCUUACAGCUUUUUGACUACAUUCAAGGGAAGAAUAGUUAUAAAGAAGCAAUCGAGAUGACAGCUCCAGUGAUCACCGAAGUUUCGCCCAGCGAUGGACCCUUCUGUGAAUCCUCGUUCACUGUCAGUUUCUAUGUCCCAAAAGAGAACCAAGCUGAUCCACCUCCAGCGAAAGGCCUCCAUGUUCAAAGAUGGAAACCAACAUAUGUAGCUGUAAGGCAAUUCAGCGGGUUUGUAACUGACUCGAAUGUUGGAGAGGAAGCUGCUGCCUUACAAGCCAGUCUUGCAGACACCAUCUGGGCUGCUGCUAUUGAGAAAAGCCAUGGAGUUGAUUCCGCUACAGUUUAUACUGUUGCACAGUACAACUCUCCAUUUGAAUUUGACAACAGGGUGAAUGAGAUAUGGAUGCAAUUUGACAUAGAAGAUGAGCUAGUAGUAGUAUGA